AUGCUAACGCCUGCUGUUAUUACUGGGCUCGUCGUCGGCGCUGUGCUUGGUACUGGGCUACUAUGCCUGGGCACUUACUUCGUACAUCGGUACAUGGACUUGCAGUGUCGAAAGAUCAACAAGUGGUUCGACCGUAAUGCCUUAAAAAUCCGCAAAGACGAUGUCGAGUCCGGUAAUUGGGACAAGAAAAUGAAACACAACCAAGACGAUGGACUAUGUUCAGCCAUGAAGAAGCAAACGCCGAAUGGGAGGGUGCUCCAGACGGCGGUCGAAAGGACUCGAAACGACGCAACAAUGAGGAGAGGAGAUGGCUUCGACAACUGGCAUAAUGGAACGCAGUGGGCAGAUGAGCGACAGAUGCAGGCUUAUGUGCCGCAGCCAGCACCUGCACACAUGCAACCCACUGCUCACCCUCAAGCACUCGGAUGGGAGCAGUACGGUACCGUGUAUGAUCAGAUGUGGUAUCCUCCGGCAGUCUUCCGGCAAGCGGUGCCUGGCACGUACUAUGCGUACGUACCACCACGUCCAGAUAUGACGAUGCAGUACCAGCAACCAUCGUUUGGUCAUCCGGGUUUAUACGAUGAAUGGUUUGGUCUACUGGACGAGCGGCGAAGAAGUGGCGGAGGCACUCAGCAAGCUGAAGGACGGUCAGAAUCGAGCUCUGGAGCAGCUUCAAAGACUCGAUUGCCAGCUGAACCUGCCUCUGUCAAAUGUGAUUGUCUUCAGGUUGUGGGCGAGUAUCCUGCCUUUAUCGAAGAGGCAAGAGAAGCGAAGGAUAGGCAGGAUCGCAAGAAAGAGAAGAAGCGCAGAAAAGAGAGGAACCCACGAUCCUCCAGCACUGAUUUGGGAACUUGCUCGAGUAGUCGGUCGUCAGCAUCUACCGAAGACAUACCUCGUGACAGUAUACCAGCUGGUGCACCUCGCAAGACUCGUGUCUCCUGGAAUGAUUCUUCGUUAUAUCCAGCGUACACUCAACGCACAGCUCGAGCACAAGGCGAUGGAAACCCGUACACUCGACACUCGCCGCGUAGCGAAAGAGGGCAAGGCCGAUACGAUACCGAGGAUUUGCGAUGGGAGUUGACACGACAGGACAAUGGACACGCUGGGCAAGCAGGUUCGAAACCCCGCAGGCGAGGAGGGAGGACACGCAGCGAAACCCUUCCGGAAGGUAGGGGUAAUGGAGGAGGUUCUGUGCAGAGUCGCAACAUUGCUGUGGAUCCUUCUUGGAUGAAGACUGCUGCUGGAAAAAGUGGAUCUGCUGGCAAGGAAGGUGCAAAGAAGCGUGAGAAGGUUUCGGAUCGCCAGGGAAGGUCCACUGAGCCAGCCAGCCCGACGACAUCCGAGCUCCACAAUAAAAGGGUGAAGAACGCUGCGGACGGUGGGGUACCACAAGUGGUGGUCAAAGAGCCAACACCAAGUACAGUGACUGCAAGGCCUAUCGACUAUACUAUGACGCCGGCUCGGUGGGAUAUGAGUGCUGGGGCGGGGGGUGGACGAGAUAGUAGGGAGUCCAUGAGCACUGAGGUUAGUUUUCAUUAUGAUCAGAGGCAGUAA